CGGUAUCGCCGUAAGUAACGCCAUGAACGCUGCGGCCGGAUCUUUUCCAAGUCCUAGUCCAACUAAUUCCCCUAAUAACUCGGCCUUUUCUGGUUGGAAUCAUAAGCGCGUCAAAUACGAAUUUUCCGAGGCCACCACGCCUUCAUCCAGUCAAUCUUCGCCUAGGAACAGCACACCCGGUGGUUAUCAAUUACCAGGCCUAGGAGCUGGUCCAGGGACGCCGGGUGCCAACCCAUCUACACCAGCCUACACUAGUAGCAACCUGCAGAUGGUAACCAACGCCUCGAGUCCGCAUCAUUAUUCUAGCGCGACCAGUAACGGGGGCACACCCACCCCGACCCACGAAGGUCUAGAUCGCUAUAUUGAACAUGGUGCCGUUUUACAUACUUCAUCACCUGAAAAUGUUGGUAAUGCCGAAGAGUCGAGACGCUACGAGCAAUAUCGACAGCGAGAAGACCCACCAGCUACAGAAGAUAUCAAUG